AUGAUAAAUGCUUCGGUUGGCAAUACCGCAGCUGAAAUAACAGGAAACCACUUCAAGAUAGAUCAGCAUUCCCUUAUAUGUAUCAUUUUGUGUUUUAGGUGUCUUUUAAGCUUGGCACUAUCUUUACAAGUAAUCCAAUUUGGAAAUGGCUGUGAGGGGGAGAACCGUGAUGAUAACCCAGACCAGAAAAAUCCAAACACUUCCUUAACCACCUUUAAUGAUAUAAAUAAUCUCAAUUCUGAGAGGAGAAGGAGGAACCCCUCUGAAGUCUUACCUUUCAUUGGGCUUACAGAUGCCAGAAAACUGAACAGAAGCUGCUGUCAGAAUGGAGGGACCUGUUUCCUGGGGAGUUUUUGCAUAUGUCCAAAACACUUUACUGGCAGACACUGUGAACGUGAUAAACGGAUCAGUAGCUGCGGUGCCAUUGGUCAUGGAGAGUGGACCCAGGAAGGAUGUUUGUUCUGCCAAUGUGUUUAUGGGAUUCUGCACUGUUUCCCUCAAAACCAGGAAGAUGGUUGCGGUCCUACAAAGAAAAACAUGCCUGCUUGGAUUCAUCUUGGAAUGAGUUCUGAAGGACCAAAACUUCAACAGACAACAAACAUCCUUAUAGUUUCAUUACUGUUUCCUCUGCUUUGUCAGCUCCUCUAA